AUGGGUUUAGUGCGAAAGCGUCAUGGCGGUGGACGCCAUAAAAAGUUGAAAGCAAUCGAUCCAUUUUAUUCUGGACCUAGAAAACUUUUAAUUGACAAGAAAUUAUUCAAUGCUAAUAUAGCACCGAAAAAACAUGAUAAAAACGAUUCAAAAGUAUCCAAUCGUUUUCGUGAAUUUUUAUCAAAUAAAGAAUAUGCUAUUGAAAAAUCUAAAAAACAACAAGAGAUACUAGAUAACAAACGAUUUUUGCACAAAAAUAAAGCAGAUGAAAAUAGAGCUGAAAAAUUUCUUCCAUUAUCAAAAAAUCUUGAACAGAGACCGAAUGAACCAUUCAAAAAAUAUAUGCAACGAGUAGAACAAGAAGCGAAAUAUGCCAUUGAUCGUGCACAAUAUGAAACAAAGUAUGAUGUUAAAUUAAUUGAUGGUGAAAAUCAUAUUGAAAUAGAGAAAGAAAAAAGUAAACGAACAAUAAAAAGAUUAAAACGUUUACAAGAGAAAAAACAAGAUUUAAAACUGAAGAAAGAGGAGAAAAAAAUAAAACAAGAUGAUUUUCAAUUUUUUCAAGAUAAACCAAAAUUUGGAGAAGUUGUACAUGGACCACCCACUCUAAAUAUGCCGAAACGAAACAAAGUGUCAAUAUUGAAAGGUGGUGCAAAAGAUCUAUUGUUAAAGAAAAAAUUGAAGAACAAGGAAUAA